AUGGCAAUGGAGCCUUCACAAUGCGAGCUAUAUAUCUAUGCACCCAGCUUUUCUCUGGCAUUGGCGGCUAUUAUUAUCUUUUCAGUCCUAACGACAGUUCAUUUCCUGCGUAUGACUAGAUCCAAGGCAUGGAGCGGUAUAUACUUCGUCCUUGGCGGCAUUGCACAAACUUCGGGUUAUACAGCGCGCUUGUUUUCAACACAGGACCCAUGCAACCGAGUCGCAUAUGGCAUCCAGUCCGUUCUACUACUACUAGGACCAACCGUGAUGAUGUUCUCCGUUAAUCUUGCCAUGAUUGAAUUUACUCGAGCACUCAGAGCUGAGAGGUUUUGUUGGAUUCCAAUCGACUUCCAGCGACCAGUAUGCCUUAGUGUCAACACAGCCUUGGUUCUCCUUCAGUUCAUUGGAGGUAUAAUGACUGUUUCGUCUACCACCAUGAACGUCAUUGCGAUGGCUACAAAAAUUGGAAUCGCGGUCUUUGUAACCCAAACAAUAUUCUGGCUUUUCACUCUCGCGGAGCACACAUAUAUGACGAUACGCCUGCGCCAUGUGCUGGAUGAGGCCAAUAACUUGAAACCGGUCUUUCCGAAUUGGAAAUAUUGGAGUCAACUCUUUGGCCUCGCAAUUUCUAUCAUUGCAACUGGUCGAAAUAUCGUAAGAUUGACGAUGGAUGGUGGAAUUGCAUUUCUUAUCGAAAACGAAUGGCCAUCAUAUGCAUUCGAUGGUUAUCAAAUGAUCAUAGUUAUGGGCGCUUGGGCAAUCUGGUAUCUACCAGGCAAGCUUCAAGCUGAACUGGAAACCUACACGAGCCUCCCCAUACAUACCAGGGAUCCAAGAUUUUCAGGAGAAGGCAGGGCCCAGAGAAGGCAUGAUAGAGUGCAACGAAGACAAGAAAGACUUGGCAGAGAACAUCUUGAAAGCUAUGGAUCGUAUUAA